UGCGGUCAAGCUUUUGUGACAAACAGAACUCUCCACAGCCAUGGGCCGGGGUUCCAAGUUCCAUUAACAUCAACAAGAAUAAUUUUUGGGGAAAUGGAGUCACAACCUAAUGCAGGUGUAGAGAAUCAUAAUGGACACCAGACAAAUCAUAAUGAACACCAGACAAAUCAUAAUGAAGAAACAAUCUCACAUCCAUAUGAUUUCAUUCCAGAAGCACCCAAGGAAGUGAAACCAAUAGUUGGUAUGGUGUUCAUUUCUGAAAAUGUUGCAUAUGAUUUCUACAAUGAAUAUGCUAGAUGGUGUGGAUUUAGUAUACGAAAAGGUUCAACGCGGAAUAGUAUGAAAACAGGUGAAACAAUUAUGCGAAGUUUUAUAUGUUCUAAGGAAGGGUAUCGACAUCGCAAGCAUAUAGAAGCAACAGAUCAUAAAAAGAGACCAAGAGCCAUGACAAGAUGUGAUUGCAAGGCAAAGAUUGUAGUUCACAAGAAUGGAUCAGAUAGAUGGGAAGUUAAGACAUUUGUGGAAGCACAUAGUCACAAUUUAAUGAGUCCAAGCAAGGUUCAUUAUUUACGAUCACAUCGACAUUUUACAGAUUCUCACAAGGUUGUCAUGGAUAACAUGAGAAAAGCAGGUAUUGGCGCAGCUAAAGUGUUAAAUUUUUUUACAAAUGAAGCUGGAGGACCUGAGAAAAUGGGUUUUAUUGAUGAAGAUGCAAGAAAUGCUCUAAAAAUUCAAAGGCGUGACAAACAUGGCAAAAGUGCUCAAGAGUUGCUUCUUUACUUUCAAAAUAAACAGAGGAAUGAUGAUAAUUUUACUUAUGCAAUCCAAAUUAACAAUGAAUGUAGAUUGACAUCUUGUUUUUGGGCAGAUAAUAUUUCAAAAAUAGACUAUGAAGCUUUUGGUGACGUUGUAUGUUUUGACACAACAUACAAGACAAAUCAAUUUGAUAUGCCUUUUGGUCCAUUUGUCAGAGUCAACCACCAUAAGCAAUCUAUCUUGUUUGGUGCCGGGCUUCUAUUUGGUGAAACCAUUGAAGAUUUCGAAUGGUUAUUUCAAUCAUGGUUACAAGCUAUGGGUGGGAAGCUUCCAAAGGCCAUAAUUACAGAUCAGGAUCCAGCAAUUGCUGCUGCAAUUGCAAGUGUAUUUCCGAAUACCGAGCAUAGGUUGUGCAUGUGGCACAUUGUUCAGAAGCUUCCAGAGAAGUUAGGUAAAGUAAUUAAUGAGAACCCAUCAUUCAACACUGAUUGGAGAAAUUGUGUAUAUAUGUGCGAUCAGGAAGCCGAAUUUGAUGCAUUAUGGUCGAAAAUGAUUGUAGAUUAUAAUCUUGAAGAAAAUAAAUGGUUACAAGAUUUGUACACGAUACGUAAAAUGUGGAUUCCAGCUUAUGUCAAGAAAACAUUUUAUGCAGGGAUGUCAACGACACAACGGAGUGAAGGAACGAGGACUCCAGAAAUAAUGGAACCUGUGUUAUCAGCUUUAGAAGAUUUGGUUGCAAAUGUUCGUAAAAAAUGUGGAGUCGAAGAAGAAACCAGUAUUGACAAGAAUGUUGAGGGUGGUGAAAGCAAUCUAUUGUUCAAUGCACAUUCUAAGAACUCUUACAUAGUACUUGAUCUGAUGGUUGUUAAUACUAAAGGCCGAACGAGUAAAAGAUUUAAAUCUGGCAGGGAGGAGAAUAAUUGUAGGAAACUCUAUUUGCAAUCUCUGGGAUUACCAGCAAAUACAGAACAUGAUCAUGGGACAUCUUCACAUUCUUUAGAAGAGGCCUGUCUAGUUGAAUUAUCGGAUGAAGAAGAUAAUACUCUCAUGGCGAACUAUGACAGUGUACAGUCAUGUUCUUCAAGUAAUAUGAAGAACAACAAUCUUGUACCAAAAGAGGUCUUGGAGGUGCUAGUAAAUGGUAGCUUGGCUUUGCCUCACUCUAAGUAG